AUGGAAGAGAUCCGAGCAGAUCCUACCGGGAAACUUUCAAUAUCAGGGCUAGAAAAGUUAGCUUCAUUACAUAAAUCGCUUGGCUGUGCGACGGUUCAUGACCUGCCGUCUUUGCCACCAUACGUGAACGAUCAAAAAGUGACGGAUCGCCAGCUGUUCACACUACAGCAUCAACAUCGAGCCCGUACCAGCAAUACACUUCUGACACCCAAACCUUCACCUUGUGAGAGGAAGCGAUCGGUGGUUCUCGUACAAAACCACAACAAGGUUUAUAAAGCGAUUUGUUAUCAGUUAGUUCAGUUUAUGUUAGCUAGUAGUAUUAUAAUUUGCUCAAUCCACGUGAGAUCGCAGACGCUAACCCAUAUGGCUCGCCGCGUAGAGAAAUUACAUGGCGAUAUCGUAUUUUUCGACAAACUUAGGUCAAGUAGGGACACAUCAUUGCGCAUGCAUGCACUUGUACCUAUGAUCGGUGGCAUCUUCAUGGCGAGCAUCAACGUAGUUUUGAUGCACCAGUGUUUUCAAUACGGUAUCAAUAUUGCAAGUAACUUAUGUGGUAUUAUCUCAGUUGUUAUCAUAUCGUUUCUUCUGUUCUCGGCUAGUCUGUUGUUAGCUCUGGAUCUCUCUCGUUAUCCGAACGAUACGAUGGGUGCUAGCCAAAAUAGCAUUCAUAUGUUCAUGCAUGUUGUGCGGGUUGCAAUAGAUAAGGAAGAUCCUAUUCUGAAUAGGAUUCUGUACGCUUUGCAUGAAAAGCUGAAGUGCUGCGGUUUCCACAGUAUUAGUGAUUAUUAUACUCAAAGUAAGGUCGAGUAUCCACCACCAACUGAGGGAGAGGAACCGCAAACAUUUCGACUUUCCAAUAGCUGGAUACAUAACUGUACCGAAGAAGCAACAGCGAUAUUCAAUUCUACUCAUAUAUGCUACGCACCAAUGUUUUGCUGCGCUACAAUCAAUGAAAAUGUCACAUCUAUUCGCCCAUGCCCACCAGUGAGAUGGGAUGGUUUUAGUGAGCUUGUCCCGUCCAGCAAAAUGUAUCAAAAACCGUGCGCAUGGCGUAUCGCACGUAAUUUCAAGAACAAAACUGUGAACGUUACAAUUCUGUCAUUAGUGAACGCGAUUACGGCAAUAGCGAAUGCCGUACAUCUAUGGCGAUGGAAACCAAAACCGAAACCACCGCCACCUGAGAACAAAAAAAAGAAAACCGGCUAG